AGGCCUUGCAAUAAUUACUGUUGUGAAAGUUGGUAUGAUGGUAAUCUACAAUAUUGGAACCGGCCUUGUGGUUACUCGUAGGGAAGACAGCUCAUGGUCUCCACCUUCUGCAAUUUCUUCAUGUGGAAUAGGGUGGGGAGCACAGGCUGGAGGAGAAUUGACAGACUUCGUUAUAGUGUUGAGAACAACUGAGGCUGUGAAGAGAUUUGGUGGUACUGCUCAUUUUUCAGUUGUGGCUGGUUUGAGUGCAGCAGUUGGUCCCAUUGGAAGGGCUGCUGAAGCUGAUGUACGAGCAGGGGAUGGUGGCUGUGCUGCUUGUUAUACGUACAGCUGCAGUAAAGGUGCUUUUGUUGGAUGCUCCCUUCAAGGUAGUGUCGUGACAACGCGAACAAGAGAAAAUUGCCGAUUUUAUGGCAGCCAGUCUAUAAAUGCAUUGGACAUACUACUUGGUUCGUUGCCGAGGCCACCAGGCCGUACAGCUUGGUCAAUUGUCCUGGCUACUGCCUAUGGAAGUUCUUAG